AUGUCAACACUCCAAGCUUUCCAUGACUGGUUCCUGAGGAACCAAGACAAGCUUCCGGUGCUGGUCUAUCUCGAGUUAUCCGCGUGUGAUAAUCCUAACAGUAUUGCUGCUGCCUGCAACAGACUAGAAGUUGAUCUGGACCAUCCCUCCAAAGGAGCUUUUUAUCCGAGCCGAUGCGAAGUUCUCUCAUACUAUACCCGAUCUGAGGAUGUUCUAGUUCUCAAUGAGAUUGCCAGGGAGAUGGGAACCUUCCGGCCGCGGACGUGUCAACCAGGAAAACGCUGCCAGCAGGAUCCAGGCAAAGUUACCGUGUCAAAGCGCAGCAAUAGCUGUAAAAGCGAGCAUGUCCGACUCCUGGAUCCAGACGACAAUCCGCCAUGCCACUUCCCGUUGACAGUUCAGGGUUACACACUCAUUCAUGAGGAGUAUGUUGACAUGCUCCAAACCUUUGGUGAGUUUCGGAUAUUCCUUGCAGUCGACCAUUCAGCCCCUUCCAAGGACCUCUGA